AUGUCGUCCUCUAGUGUAGAAACGAGACCUCUGCUGUUGAGAAGCCGCACUCUCCUCUUCGCAGCUGCGAUCGCCGCGACGUUGUUUCAAGCCAUCGUACAACCCGCCCAUGCGUCUAGUUCUACAACGGUAACAACUGUUAACCAGCCGCUGACCCUACAAGCAGAGGUUAAGUUGCAGUUUUACCUCCAGGAUCAACAAUUUGGCGUGCACGACAGCCAGUUGGACUCCUGGGUGCCAUCCGAUGACUACUACUUCGGGAUCACGCUCCGGAACUACUUUCUCUCCGCGAUGGAGGCAGGGUUAAAAACCGUGCUCGGCAACGCCCAGGACGCGGGCGUGCAGCCCUACGGAGGCUCGACGGCCUAUGGAAGCGUCAGGAUUGAAAUCGUCAAAGUUGAAAUAACUUGUAAUGCAGAAAAUGGAUCAAAGCAGUGACUCAGUUUCCAAGUGGCGCAUGACAAAUUUGGGUAGAGCCGAAACCCAGUUUGUCAUGAUGUUUGGGUAAGAAAGACGCCUUUUGUCGUGCUGCUUUAGCUGCUCAGUUUCUACCCCUCAACAGGCUUACAAUCUGCCUCACUUGCCUACUCUGCAAGACAGGCACUCUGAGGGCUGCAUUUUAUGCAUGACAAACUAUUUCAACUUUGACGAUUUCAAACCUGACGCUUCCAUACGGCCGUUCCGGUGGUGGAAAUCACGGACAUACAUCGGGUGUUGAACGUUCCUAGUACUUCGAGGCUGUUGUUGACGAGUGGGCGGGGAACGGAGAAACGCCAGAACAACUACGCAUCUGCUGCUGCUGUUGCGACAACGUCGAAAAGAGGUCGUGCUGGUCGCAAAAAUAAGCGGCUUCUGGAUCACCGCAGCUCUCGGAACCGCGAUCGGAAGCCUUGGUGGUGGUGGAUGGAGAAUGGAGACGAAGAUGAAGAUGGCAGCUCAACAUGGGACGAAGAUGAGCGGGACCGGGACGAAGAAGAAAACGAAGACGAUACCAACCAGCGUUCAGAUGAGCAGCAAGGUACUAUUCCUGAGUCAAGAAACAACGACGACAAUUCUAAUUCUUGGAACAACAACGGAAAUGCCGAAGGCUCUAGUGUGGACGACCAAGAAUUCGAUCCGAAUUGGUGGCACGACAACGAAAACCGGAAUGUUGCUCCGACGACACAAGCUCCUCUAUGGGGUUCUCAAGCGUUACAUUCUCAACUGUUAAGUACAUGAUUUGUUAUGCGAAAACACUACCACCCUUCACGCGAUCGAGCCUUCCUCGCAUGACAAGUUCUCGACGCGCUCGAUAGCAUUAUCAUGAUCAUCCGCCCGAAACCUGUAAUGCAAAAUGCGUAAACCUUCCCCGUUUCACUUUUGCCAUCCUUGCAUUGCAAACUCAUGCAACAGCUGAGAACGUAACGUUUGGGAACGCCAUAUCCUCCCCGCCCGGCACCGCAGCCGGCUGCGGCCCCUCCGAUGUUGAGUCCGGCGCCGGCCCCGGGCACUAAUACUGCUGCCCCAGGCAGUACCUCAAGUGGAACACCAAACGUCGUUGCGACUCAAGAUGAACCCGUCGUGGUGUCCUCAACGGCAACACCCGGUGCAUCGGCUGCCGAUCUCUCCGUCAGCGACGUGGUUCUCCGUAUUCACUACCUGGCGGACCCCUCCACGUCCUACACGGCGCAGAAUCAGUACCAAGUGGAGGAACUGCGGAAGCAUCUGAAACUCAUUUUCACCACGGAUUCCGCCCGGAUUUGGCUCAAAGACGAAAUGGAGUAUUCUCUGCGGAUAUCAAAUGUAAAAAUGUCUGGGUCUGGAAGAAUUCAUGUUUGUCAUGCUUGUCUGGCAUGAUUCUUAAAUCUGUCAUGCACGUUACCCAAGCGCUCCGCUUUUCUGUGAUGCAGAAGCGCAGUUUGUCAUGCAGAAUAGGCAACACCUAGGAGCUCAGAAACUUGUCAUGCUGAGCUAGGAUUUGCAGCCUCAUCAUGAGACGCCACCCAGCAUCAAAAGUUUCCAGACCCAGACACUUUUACUUUUGAUAGCGGACGAUGGCAGUGGAAAGUGCGGUUUUGCGGAAAUCGAAUUUGGUCUUCUCCCCGGGCAUAUGCAUUGCAAAUAUGUCUGGGUCUGGAAGGAUGCAACUUGUGAUGCUAAAUCUGAAUCAUGCAAACAUCUGUGUUGCAUGAGUACGAAAAGCUGUCCUCUUUCGACCAAGUUGCGGGGGAGUUUCUCAUGCGGGAUAGGCAUGAUAGAGACCUAACAGAAUCUGUCAUACUAGGUUCCGCAUUCCAGACCUCAUGGGUCAUGAAAAACCUGCAUGACAAACCUUGCAUCCUUCAAGACCCAGACUACACUUUUGUGUUUGAUAGGGCAUGAAGGUUUUGUCCGUUUCCAUGCCGGGGGUGGAAAACGGGGAGUGGCACGACCUUGCAAGCAGUCCGACAUUGACAGUCGCGGGAAACAAUGCAGCCCCCGGGGGGAACACGAAUAACAACAACAAUGCCGAGGUGUUGCGUCACCGCCCCGGUACAACUAGCACGGGCAGUACAACCGGUGGUGCUUCCCAGCCAUCCGAGCCGGCUUACGACUUCAACCCGGAUCUGUACCCGCAGGCGGGGAUCAUUGGGAGUGCGAGCGGAAUGAACAACGGUGGAGGUCGCAGCUCUCCAACUUCGGCUGAAAUGGAGGAGCCGGGAGAAGAAGAGCCCUUAGACGAGCAACUUGACCUCCUUUGGGUCGUGAUUUUCAUUGCGACUGGCUGGAUUUUUAUCUUCGGCUUUUGGACGGUGUGCUGCUCCGGCAGCGGGCCGUGCGGGGACUCGUUGCAAUCCAGCUUUUACAAGGACGCCAUGAACAACAAAAUCACGCCCGACUAUCCAACAAAAAAGCAUUAGCGUUAGCGUUUUGACAUUUGCUGGCGAAAGCCAAAUUUUUUUUCAUUCUAGCUAGUGAGGUAGCUGUCUUCCGUUCAGACAGAUUCGCGCUAACUGGAAGCAGUGGAAGCAGUCUCUUCGGCCGCGGAGCGGAUCGGAUAUGAUACCGCCAAAGAUCUGGGCGACAGCUCGGCCGCGCGCAUGUCUGGGGCUCCAGGGACUCCCGGCUACGCGACCUUCUGACCAUGCGGCGGGCUGACAAGCCGUCGCUCCUGGAGUGCCUGAAGACCCGUUUCUGGCUCGCGGCUCUUGAGCCCGAGCAAGAUGAUCAAGCUUCCCAAAGUCUGGCAUUAGCGUUUCUGUCCUCGGAGGUCAUUUUGACCCCCCGAGCAGAGGCGAAUUUGAAUGGUCCACAAAAGAAACGCUAAUACCAAACUUUUUUUUCCAGCUACAGGUCGUUCCAAAGUUCGGCAUUAGCGUUUUUUCCUGGUACCCGAAAAAACGCUAAUGCCAAUUUUUUUUUUCCAACAUUAGCUCGUGCCAAAGUCUGGCAUUAGCGUUUAUUCCGGGCGCCCAAAAAAAGUGCGGCUUUUGUGCGGUUCGGAAAAAAACGCUAAUGGCGGAGUUUGGCACGACCUAACACUGAAAAAAAACUUUUGGCAUUAGCGUUUUUUUGGGUGCCUGUAAAAAACGCUAAUGACAGACUUUGACACGACCUAUAGCUUGAAAACAAAUUUCACCAUUAGCUUUUUUUCUGUUGACCACUCAAAUUUGCAUCAGCUGGCCAUCAAAUCUGUAGACUUUUGAUGGCUCGGCCACGAAACGCCAGUAGACACCCAAAAGAAAUGCAAACCCGCACUACAAUCUGCCCCGAACCUGGUCAAAUCAGGCAAAAGCCCGGCGACGCUGGUGGCAGCCCGAUGGCGGGUGGAUUUCAUCAUCAACGCUUGGGCACUGAAGUAUGGACCAACGGCGGAGAGGAUCUGCAACAAAAUGCUGGAGGAUACGAAGGGGCGCCGGCUUCCUGUUGCACCGGGGGAGAAGGAUACACACUUAGCUGACGGAUGUUCGUCUGAGCGUGAACUUGCUAACUUAACAUGCAAAAUCAACAAAAAUCUCGCUUGUUUGAAAAAAUUCGAAAACGCUAACGCUAAUGCUUUUUUGUUCGAUACCGACAGCAACGACAUCAUUGUUGGCAUUCCAACCGACGGAAACCCCAAUAUCGCGCACGGGCAACCAGUGGCAAACACGUCUCGCGGGCCUGACGCAACUGUCGGACAGCCGGUGAUGGCGGGGAGUAUCAAAUGCAAAUAUGUCUGGAUCUGGAAGAGUAUAAGACUUCUCAUGCAGGUUCAACAUGACGCAUGAGGUCUGGAAUGCAGGAUCUAGCAUGACAGAUUCCGCGAGAUCUGUAUCAUGCCUAUCCUGCGUGAGAAACUCACUGCCAACUUGGUCGAAAGUGGACAGCUGCUGCUUUUGGCACUUAUGCAACACAGAAUUUUGCAUGAUCCAGACUAGGCAUGACAAGUUGCAUCCUUCCAGCCCCAGAGGACAUAUUUGCAUUUGAUAGGGAGAGCAGCCGGACAACAACCGGUGGUCAUCGACACGGGCGCGCCCGCAGCGGUCGCGGCCCUAUGAGAGUGCACAAUUCCCCCUCCCCCUCAUUUGUCAUGCAAAAUCCCAAAUCCAGUCUGUUCCUCUUGGCACUGUUUGCAUGACAAGUUCCUACACUCCAGUGUAAAUUUGUCAUGCAGAACUGGCAUUCUUGCUGAUGCUUGUAUUAGUAUUGCCGUUCAUGCUAUACAAAUGAGGGGGAGGUGGAGUUGUGCACUGUCAUAGGCCCGCGCGCCGACGCAGAACUUGCACCCACCUGGUGGGAGUACUACUACAACUGGUACGGGAACUGCGGGGCACAACCAGCAAGCGAAUCAUCAGCAGCCGAUGUUGAACAAGCUCAACCCUUGCAGCGCCUGUCUGGAAUCCACGAUUGGCGUCUUUACGUUUGUUUUUGAAUCCGUCAAAGGGUUUUGCAAUACCGUCAUGGUUUUAUUCUGCUGCAUCCCGUUUCACGCGGGCCUCCGGUGUCUCGCGGGCGUGAAGAGCAGUUUUGUGUCGUGUUUUGGAAUGGUGGUGGCAAACAUGUUUAGCGGGUGGAAAAAUGGGGGCAGGAACAACAACAAGCGAGGAAGUACAAGUGGAGGAAAUCAUAGUCCGCAAGCUUCUAAGGUGGACCAAAAUUUGAUUCCGAAACUGUACAAGCCCUAUUUCCGGCAAUUACGGGAGCAAAUUUCUCGGCAUUUGGAAGCAGAAAAACGGAAUUUCACGCUGCAAAGCCGACUGCUGGAGCAAGCUGCAGCUAGUGGGCCGACGAGUGCUUCUGCAGUGGAAUCGACCACAACAUCUCCAUCGGAGGGCAGCGGAACAGGAACAACGACCACGACAGCGACUACCGCUGGAGGAGAAACUAAAAUUAAUGCCGGCGGAGCAGAGCAAACAAACAGUACUGCUCCGAAACAACUGCACUUCAUCAUUCCGACAGACAAGUUUCUAGAACAAGUUCAGAAUAAAGUGAAUCCCUUGGAAAAACGAAAAAUUUUCGAGCAACGCAUCAAAAUGACGAGUCGGGACAAAAAGUUCGACGAUAUCCUGUGCAAAAGUAUCGUACUAGUAUAAACUGCAUCACAAAUUUCCCCAGCAUGAGAAAUGAAAUUUGUAAUGCAGAUUUACGUUGAGAAAAUUUAAUGCAUGAUUGCAAUACGAGUACGAUACUUUUGCACUGGAUAGACGACAAAGAACUGCAAGAUUUGAACAACGCACUGGAAUACCAAAUGCAAAAAUGUCUGGGUCUUCUGGAAAAGUGGAACUUGUAG